AUGGAAGAAGAAGAAGAAGUGAAGCUCCAUGGGAGUUGGGCAAGUCCUUUCACCUACAGAGUGAUUUGGGCUUUGCAACUCAAACACAUACCCUAUCACUUCAUUCAAGAAGACAUGGCCAACAAAAGCCCUCUCCUCCUUCACUACAAUCCCGUCUACAAGAAGAUUCCGGUGCUCAUCCAUGCCGGAAACCCUAUCUGCGAAUCCGCUGUCAUCCUCGAGUACAUAAACGACACUUGGCCGGAAAAUCCUCUGCUGCCGUCCGAUCCUUUCGACAGAGCUACCGCUCGCUUCUGGAUCAAAUUCAUAGAGGAUAAGGAAGCAACGAUGAGGAGGAUUUUUACAGCGGGAGAGGAAGAGAGAGAGGAGGCGAGGAGAGAAACACUAGAAGUUCUGAAGACGAUCGAAGAGCGGGGAAUCGGCGACCGGAAGUUCUUCGGAGGAGAGGAGAUUAAUAUGGUUGAUUUGGUGUAUGGAUGGAUGGCUGUGUGGAUAAAGGUUUUUGAAGAAGUUCUGGAUAUGAAGAUUAUGGACGGACUUGAGUUCCCUCGCCUCCAUGCUUGGGCGGAAAAUUUCAAAGCCGCCGCCGUGAUCAGAGAUCACAUUCCCGAUCACCAUCAAAUGGUGCUCCAUCUCCGCCGCCGCCGACAGGAACUGCUCCGAUCACCCUCAAACUAGUGGCCUCUGCCUUUUCGUUUUUCUACGUUGGCGAUCAAUACAAUCCUAUGUAUAUUUGGGUUUUAUAAUUAUUCGGAUAUCUGGAGUGAGGAUUGAACUUUUGGUUUUGAAUCGAUUUCUGGUAGUUAUAAUGUUUAGUUCUUGGUCACACAUUGUUCGGUCCUUUUAUUAAGAAAGAAAAAUCAAUCAUCCGCGACCUAUGAUUUCAAAUGAAAAGUCUCAACCAUGGUGAGACAUCACUCGUAUGUAUUCUAGGUGGUGGGGUGUAUGAGUAGGAUGUUUGUUGUUAUUAAUUUGUACAAACGGUCAAGUUUCAAGAUGUGAAUGAAAACUAAUAUUAUGCUAGCAUCAAAA